CGACUUUUAUUCGCCACUCGCCAUCAGUUUCACGCAGAAUUUCGGAGGUGUUCCACCGCGAGGAAAAAUCCACCUAAUCUCCCUAAUCACGCUCACUUUUUCGCUGUGCAGUGUGCGUGAAAAGUAGCAGGAAUAGUGCGUGCGUGUUCAGAUAAUCGGUGCGAUGAGAAGUGGUGCUGCAUUGGUGAGAUUUCUGGCAAUUUCACCUGCUUGUCGGAGGAGUUUCACCCCCAACCAGGCGCCUCCACUGCGAUGUGGAUGGCAUAUAGGGAGAAAUGGGGCGAUUUUCCGCCCUGAAACCACAUCCAUUGCCGCGUUUCACAUGUCAGUGCGACAGACAUCGCGAAACACGGAAGUCACCCCCGAAACGCCCAAAAUCGAUAGUCGGCGUGUGGCGUUUUACGACAUCGAGGAGAAUGGCAAGAGCCAUCGCGACACAGAGCAGAAGAACACAGAAGAUGUCCUGUUUGACAUGUUCAGGCAGGAAGAGACGGGAAUGCUGCCUGUGGGAAAAUUCCUGGCGGCAUUGCGAACAUUUGGCAUUCGCAUGAAUGAUCCUCGAAUCAGCGAAAUGAUGGAGAAUUUGCGCAAAGUCCAUCGCUUGGCGAAUUUCGAAGGCGGUUCGCCGGAAACGCAGAACUUGAAUCGCGACACAUUCAAAGCAGUGGUGGCUGAGAAUAUUGUGCUAAUUGCCAGAGCGUUUAGACACCAGUUCGUCAUUCCGGACUUCCAAGGUUUCUGCAAAGACAUCGAGGAGAUCUACUGGCGAUGCAAGAGCAACAUGGAUGGCAAGGUGGCCAGCUAUAUUCCCCAGCUGGCGAGGGUCAAUCCCGAUUACUGGGGCGUCAGCAUCUGCACGAUCGACGGCCAGAGAUUCGGGAUCGGGGAUGUCAAUAUUCCCUUCACGCUGCAGAGUUGCAGCAAACCUCUGACGUACGCCAUCGCGCUGGAGAAGCUCGGCCAGGAGACGGUGCACGAGUACGUUGGCCAGGAGCCCAGCGGCAGGAACUUCAACGAACUCGUUCUCGACUACAACAAGAAACCGCACAAUCCUAUGAUCAACGCUGGAGCCAUUCUGGUCUGUUCCCUGUUGAAGACUCUCGUGAAACGCGACAUGACUUUGGCCGAGAAGUUCGACUACACAAUGCAGUGGUUCAAGCGAAUGUCCGGCGGUGAGAAUCUGGGCUUCAACAAUGGCGUCUUCCUGUCCGAAAGGGAGGCCGCCGAUCGGAACUACGCCCUGGGCUUCUACAUGAGAGAGCACAAGUGCUAUCCGGACAAGACAAACCUGCGCGAGUGCAUGGAUUUCUACUUUCAGUGCUGCUCAAUGGAAGCCACUUGCGACAGCAUGUCUGUCGUUGCCGCCACUCUGGCCAACGGAGGCAUUUGUCCGGUGACCGAGGAGAAAGUCCUGCGCCCAGAAGUCGUGAGGGACGUCCUGUCGCUAAUGCACUCCUGCGGAAUGUACGACUAUUCAGGACAGUUCGCCUUCAAAGUGGGCCUGCCGGCAAAGUCUGGCGUCAGUGGAGGAAUUCUCGUGGUCAUUCCCAAUGUGAUGGGCAUCUUCUGUUGGUCGCCACCACUGGAUCCACUAGGGAACAGUUGUCGCGGCCUCCAGUUCUCCGAAGAGAUUGUAGCCGCCUUCAAUUUCCACCGCUACGACAACUUGAAGCACGCCACAAAUAAGAAGGAUCCACGGAGGCAUCGGUACGAAACCAAAGGACUGUCCAUUGUUAAUCUCCUCUUCUCAGCCGCCAGCGGGGAUGUGACAGCUCUCAGGCGGCACAAACUCUCGGGCAUGGACGUCACGUUGGCGGACUACGACGGGAGGACAGCUCUGCAUCUGGCGGCCGCUGAGGGUCACAAGGACUGCGUCCUCUUCCUGCUGGAGCAGUGCGGCGUGCCCCACGAUCCCCGCGAUCGCUGGGGAAACAUGCCCAUCGACGAGGCGGAAACCUUCGGCCACCAUGGCAUUGUGGAGUACCUCAAGGCUUGGGCAGUGAAAGUGGAGAGGCAGAGACUUGAGAGUGAGCACCGCAAGAAUGGUGAUGCCGAAGAACUUCAGCGUACUGCCGAUUUAAGCUUUUUUAUCUUUUUCUCACACCUCUUUUUUUCAUUAGGGGCCCUAGCUUAGGGACACUUGCUAAUACUCUCCCCAUUCUAGGAUAUUGUCCGCACAGGGAAAAAGGACGUUCCUCUUGGGGAGUACGACAAGAGUGCUCAUUCGAGUCCAUUGCCGCGCGAUGAUUCCGACAGCCGCAAUUCAAUGCUCUAAAUCUCAAUUAUUGGAUCAAUUUUAUGGAUGUACUUAGCUUUUUUGAUCGUGAAAAGACAAUAAACUUUUCUCUGAGAA